UCAUUCUUUUUUUGCUUCCGUCGACAAUUUUCUGUUUCUCUUUAUCUCAAUUUUGCAUUUUCCGAUCGCUUCACAGAUCCGGUCAUCGAACCAGAAUCCCGAAUCGGAUCCGGGUCGUCCGAACCGAUACAAUGGCGGCAUCACGUCGUCUCCGGGAUCUCCAAGCUCAGACCGGUAACAAGGUCUGUGUCGAUUGUUCUCAGAAGAAUCCACAAUGGGCCUCUGUUUCCUAUGGAGUUUUCAUGUGUUUGGAAUGCUCCGGCAAACACCGUGGGCUGGGUGUUCACAUUUCAUUCGUCCGAUCCGUUACCAUGGAUUCGUGGUCCGAGAUCCAGCUCCGGAAAAUGGAGCUGGGAGGCAAUGACAAGUUGAACAAAUUCAUGAGCCAAUAUGGAAUCCCAAAAGAAACUGAUAUUGUUACCAAAUACAAUACCAAAUCUGCUUCUGUUUACCGUGAUAGGAUUCAAAAUCUCGCUGAGGGAAAACCUUGGCAGGAUCCACCUAUUGUGAAGGAAGCUGUAAAAGGUCCCAAUAGCAGCAGUAGCAGACCUCCGUUGAGUGGAAGUAGAAUUGGAAAUUCAGGUGGCAAUUCUGGUUGGGAUAAUUGGGAUAGUUUUGAUGAUGGAGGAAUUAAUGGUGAUAGUAAUAUGAGGAGAAAUCAGACGGUGAGUGAUUUUAGGAGUGGUGGAGAUAAUGGUGGUGGGCCUGCUAAGUCGAGGUCUACAGAUGAUGUUACAAUGGCACAGUAUGAGGCGUCUGCCGCCAAUAAGGAUAAUUUUUUUGCUAGGAAAAUGGCUGAGAAUGACUCCCGGCCAGAGGGCCUUCCGCCUUCUCAAGGAGGGAAGUAUGUUGGAUUUGGAUCAAGUUCUGCCCCAAUGCCUAGGAAUAAUAAUAACAAUUCGCAAGGCGAUGUAUUUUCUGCUGUUACUCAGGGAUUCGGUAGGUUAUCUAUGAUAGCAGCCUCAGCGGCACAGUCUGCUGCAACUGUUGUUCAAGCAGGGACGAAAGAGUUUGGCUCUAAGGUGGCAGAGGGUGGUUAUGAUUACAAGGUGAAUGAAACAGUCAAUGUUGUCGCAACAAAAACAACUGAGAUUGGACAGAUGGGCUGGGGUAUCAUGAAGGGGGUCUUAGCUUUAGCUUCACAGAAGGUUGAGGAAUUCGCUGAGGGUCCAAACCCAAGGGACGAUAGCUGGCAACGAAGUGAAAAUGAACGAAACGGCCAUUAUAAGGAAUCCAGUCAGGCGUCUAAAGGAUGGAAUUCUACUGGAGGAGCGCAAUCAUCUGGUAGGCAGUCCAAUUCGGUCAGCUCAGCAUCCUGGGAUGAUUGGGAUGGUAAAGACACGAAAGAAAAUUCUACCAGAGGGGUCACAUCCAGUAAUGACGAUGGCUGGGCUGGUUGGGACGAUGGUAAGGAUGAUGGAUUUGAUAAUUUCCAAAGUGCAUCUAAUAAUAAACAUGUUGCUCAUGGUGGAAAAUCAGAGUCCAAAUGGACUGAUGGAGGUUUCCUCUAAGAGUAGCAGAUGCCACAACUUCUGCAUUAUGAACAGGAUUGGUUCGUUGCCUCUCAUGUAAAGAAAAAAGGAGUGAAGGAAACAGAACAAACUUGUUCUGAGGGCCAUUAUAUUUCAAGGUUACAACUUUUAGCUUAAAUUUGGAUUUGUAAUGACCAUAGUUGUAUUUAUAUUUUUCUACAUUUUGGUCGUGUUAAUAGGAGUUUGUCUUUAACCGUGUACCAUUUAUUUGUGUUGUAUACAGUUGCAUAAUAUAUUCAUUUGCGUGUGAA